CUGUCCAAAUUUACAAGCCACACAAACAACUUCAGGACUCUGCAUUCCCAGCUUCCAGGAUUUGCUUAAACUGCAGCUCUGUGUGUCUCUCUCUCACCUUAAACAGGAUCCACGGCAGAGAUACCAUGGAAUCAGGGAGAAAGCAGUUGAAGAAGAUCAAAGACAAGCUGCCGGUGACAGGACCACAGGCAGCGAGUGUCCCUGAGUUACUGCGAUGGUACUGCUAUCACACCAACACCCAUGGCUGCCGCAGGAUUGUGGUAUCGAAAGGCCGUCUGCGGAGGGCAGCUUGGAUGAUCCUGACACUGAUUGCGGUGGGCAUCAUCGUCUGGCAGUGUGCCCUACUCAUCAUUUCUUACUACACUGCCUCUGUCACCAUCACUGUCCAAUUUCAGGAAAUCACCUUCCCAGCUGUUACCAUAUGCAACAUGAAUCCAUAUAGAAACAAUGCAACAAGGCAUCUCUUUGAGAAACUCGACCAGGAGACUCUGAUGGCCAUCAAUGAGCUUUACCGCUUAACUGAUAAUCCCAACAACAGUUAUGUGAAAGCUCUUCACCAGAUUGUUGUAAACAACCAAGAUAAUAUCCGGUUCCCAAACAUUCCAUUGCUGUGGAUUGGCUUGGUUACCCAAGAGUACAGCAUUGUAUCUGACCUCAUCACCAAGAAAUGGCACAGGAUCGAUGGCACAGUGAAAAUCCAGUCCUUUGAGAGCAUCAACACGCAAGACCGAACCAAUCUGGUCGGCUUCCAACUGUGUGACAAUGACAAUAAUGAAAACUCUACUUGCAUCAUCUACACAUUCAACUCAGGCAUAACUGCCAUUCAGGAAUGGUACCGACUACACUACCUCAAUAUCAUGGCACAGGUGCCCCAUCAGAAGAAACUACAGAUGGGUUAUUCUGCUGAUGACCUCAUAUUCAGCUGUCUGUUCGAUGGACUACCAUGUGAUUCAAGGAACUUCAGCCUAAUGCACCAUCCUUUGCAUGGAAAUUGCUUCACCUUCAAUGGUGGAGAGAACGGCAGCAUUCUCCGGACCAUCAUUGGUGGCAGUGAAAAUGGCCUGAAGAUGAUUUUGCAUUUGGAUGAAAAUGAGUAUAAUCCAUAUCUGGUCACCUCAAUGGGAGCGAAAAUUGUCAUUCACGAUCAGAAUGAACAGCCCUUCGUGGAAGACAUGGGAAUUGAAGUACAGACAGCAACUGAAACAGCCAUGGGCCUCGAAAUGACUGUAUUGAAGAGGCUGAGCAGUCCAUAUAAUGACUGUACAGUAGACGGAGCUGACGUUCCAGUGACAAACCUUUACAACAAGACCUAUUCAUUGCAGAUGUGCCUGCACUCAUGCUUUCAGAUGGAGAUGGUUCGUAGCUGUGGCUGUGGUCACUAUGAGAAGCCAUUACCAGUGGAAGCAGAGUAUUGUGAUCAUAAAAAGUACCUAGGUUGGAUUUUCUGCUAUUACAGACUGCGCAGCCAGUUUAUUCAGGAGCAGUUGGUUUGCCAGAAGACUUGUCGACCUGCCUGUCAUUCCAAGGAAUGGACAAUGACUAUGAGUGUUGCUCAGUGGCCUUCAUCAGCAUCUGAGGAAUGGACUCUUCGUCUUCUGAGCUGGGAAAAAGGACUCCAUGGAAACAGAACUUUAAGAAAGAAUGAGUUGGCCAAUCUGGGCAUCUUUUACAAAGAUCUCAAUCAGAGGAACAUCUCAGAAAUAGCUGCAAAUAAUAUUGUCACCUUACUGUCGAACUUUGGAGGCCAGCUGGGUCUGUGGUUGAGCUGUUCUGUUGUUUGCAUCAUCGAGUUUGUAGAAGUGUUCUUCAUCGAUAUGCUCAUGAUCAUCGUGCGGAAAGUCAUGCAGACUGUACACAAGUGGUGGCAGAACGAACAGGAGGAGAUCCCUCCAACCGUCAGUAAUACAACUCAUGGAUCUCCUGUCUACAUAAGUGACGAAGACCCACCAACUUUUAACACUGCCCUGCAGCUGCCUCGAGCACAUGUCCAAGACACACUUCCCCCAACUUACGAGACCUUGCGCAUACACAGCAGUUUCAGCCCUGAGACCUCCACUAUGGAGUCCUGCAAGCACUGACUGCAGCAUUACAAAGGAUUCUGAAAGCAGUACUGUAUAUACUUUUACUUAGCUGUAGAAUGAUACAGUACAGGAGGGGUGGGGAGCCAGCCAAUGUAGGGUGAGCAUAGGGAGAGGUGGGCCAAUGUAGGGUGAGCUUAGGGAGAGGUGGGACAAUGUAGGGUGAGCUUAGGGAGUGGUGAGCCAGUGUAGGGGGAGCACAGAGAGAGUUGAGCCAGUGUAAGGGAAGCACAGGGAGAAUUGUGCCAGUGUAAGGGGAGUACAGGGAGAGGUGAACCAGUGCAGGGGGAGUAUAGGGAUACAUGAGCAGGUGUAGUGUGAAUGUGGGGAGAGUAAGCUAGUGCAAGGAAGGAACAAGCCUAUAGAACACAAUCAUCAAAGCAGAUAAUUCCAGAAGUCCAGAAGUGAGCCUUACCUUUUACUUAGCUUUUAUCUUUGUGAUUCAAUCAGUAGUAAAAGAUGUUUCAAACUGUUUUCAAUAACAAGCCACUGAUUAUCCAGCUAGAACCAGUUUAGUCCCCACAAAACAAGUUCUUCUGUGUUUGAUUCUGACACGUAGCUAAGGGUGAUGUGUGAAAAAAGUCUCUUCAUGCAGCAAAUGGUUUAGGUCUGGAAUGCACCCCUCGGAAAUGUGGUAAAAGCAGGUUCAAUCGAGUCUUUUAAGAAGGCAUGAAAUAAUUAUUUGAAUAGAAGCAACUUUCAAGGGUACACAAAAAGGGCUGGAGAUUGGCACUAAGUCAUAAUGUUCAUUUGGAAAGCCGGUGUAGAAACGAUGGUCUGAAUGGCCUCCUCUGUGCCAUACAAUUCUAUGAUCCUAUAAAGUCAUAGAUUGUAUAUUGUUUUCCCAUGACGCUACUGCAAACUGGCAACU